AUGAGAUCUUCAGCACUCUGGACAGCUCUCGGUCUGUUUCUGUUCAACACGACAAGAUCCAGCGAAGCAUUUCGACUAGGAAACAAUCCAAACCGAUUUGCCAACUCCACUUUGGUUCGUCUUUCCGACUACCUGAUGACUGGCUACAAGAAAGGGGUGCGGCCUGUUCGAAACUGGAGAAAUUCCACUCUGGUUUCCAUUGAUUUUAUGGUUUAUGCUAUACUUAGUGUGGAUGAAAAAAAUCAAGUUUUGACAACUUACAUAUGGUACCGGCAGCAAUGGAAGGAUGAAUUUCUUGUGUGGAACCCAGAAGACUUUGAUAAUCUCAAGCAAAUCUCCAUUCCCACCACUAAUGUUUGGGUCCCAGACAUUCUCAUCAAUGAAUUUGUUGAUGUAGGGAAGUCCCCAGAUAUUCCUUAUGUCUAUGUCAGGAGCGAUGGGCUAGUUAGAAACUACAAACCGAUCCAAGUGGUGACAGCCUGCAGUUUGGACAUUUACAAUUUCCCAUUUGAUGUUCAGAAUUGCACGCUUACAUUUACAAGCUGGCUUCACACAAUUUCUGACAUUAAUAUCUCUUUGAUGAGGACACCAGAAGAGGUGAUGUUUGACAAAAGUGUUUUCAUGAACCAGGGAGAAUGGGAGCUGCUGCAUGUCUUGUCAAAAUAUUCAGUCUUCAGUAUUGAUGGCAAUGACCAUUAUGCAGAAAUGAAGUUCUAUGUUGUGAUUCGCCGAAGACCUUUAUUCUAUGCUGUGAGUUUGUUGUUACCCAGUGUGUUCCUAAUGGUGAUGGACAUUGUGGGAUUUUAUCUUCCUCCAGACAGUGGAGAGCGAGUGUCUUUCAAAAUUACCCUCCUGCUUGGAUAUUCAGUCUUCCUUAUUAUUGUGUCUGACACACUGCCAGCCACUGCUAUUGGGACACCCUUGAUAGGAGUGUAUUUUGUUGUCUGUAUGGCUCUUCUUGUGAUAAGCUUAACGGAGACCAUCCUGAUUGUACGACUGGUCCAUAAGCAGGACCUCCAACCACAUGUUCCUGAGUGGCUCAGACACCUUAUUCUUGAACGAGCGACGGUGCUGUUCUGCAUCCGAAACAAACACAAAUUUGGACCAAUUCACUCUUCCAGAAGGGACAUGUCCCAGUACAUGGAAAACAAUGUUACUGCAACAAAACUCAACCAUGUCACCUGCGAAAACUCAAAAGACUGUGAAAAAUCUCUGGGGGUGACCUUUCCUCUGAAAGAAAAUGCACCAGUUGUUGAAAGCAUUCUUCAGGAGAUCUCAUCCAUUCGUCAGUACUUGGAAAAACGGGAUGAGUACAGGGACAUUGCUAAAGAGUGGCUUCAAGUGGGCUAUGUUCUUGAUGUUCUUCUUUUUCGGUUUUAUCUGGUUGCUGUGCUUGCAUACAGUAUCACUUUGGGAAGUUUGUGGUCUGUGUGGCAAUACGCUUGA